AUGGCAUCCGCCUGCUUUGCUGCUCUUCUGGUCUUUCUGUUCUGCCUGGGCGGCCAGUCGAUCCCGACCCAUGUCCGUGCCGACCAUCAUUCAAUACGAUCCUACGCCGCUAUCGGCGACUCUUACGCUUCGGGAGCUGGAGCAGGCACCCCAGGAUGGCCACCGUAUGCAGACUUCCGCUGUGGCCGCUAUUCUGACGCAUACCCUAUCCAAGUAGCCAACAACUCCCUCAUCAACAUCGAAAAAUCAAAAUUCAAGCACCUUGCAUGCGGUGGUUUGACCAGCACGGUCAUCCUGCGAGACCAAGUGCCCUAUAUCGGCGACUCGGACCUCGUGACUCUGACAGCCAGCGGAAACGAUGUCAACUUCUUUGUGGUCUUGAACGAGUGCGUUUACCAUUGGCAGCCGUCGAUUGGCUGUGAAGGUCAGCUUGUCAAGGCCCGAGAAAUCAUCGAGACAACUGCCCUACUGAAUCUGGAGAACAUCAUCUCUGGAGCUGUUCAGCAUCUGAAACCUGGAGCGCUCCUGAUUGUUACGGGCUAUGCCAGGUUUUUCAACGAGAACACAGACUAUUGUGACACUGCGACUUUCAGCCAAACCAGACCUCUGGAUUACCUGACUAAAGCCAAGAGAAGGGAACUCAACCAGUUGGUGAUGAUGUUGAACGACGUGAUCAAGGCGACGACAGAGCUCCAUGGGGCUGUUUAUCUGGACAUCGAUGGUGCUUUUGAUGGCCAUCGGUUUUGUGAACCCGGGGUUGAAGAACCAGAUAUCGAUAGAAACGAUACUUGGUUUUUCAACAUGCCGCCACCACCGACCACGCAGUCCCUCGCCGCCUUCACGUCUCAAGAGCCGUUGGGCGACCCAGAGGGUAUCCCUGACCCUCAGGUUGUCCCUGAAUGGCCCCAGAUCAAAAAGUGGAGGGUUUUCCAUCCCACCGGAGCAGGACAUCACGGCAUAUCGGAGGUGGUUGUGAGGGAGAUCCUGCGCCGGUCUCGUCCUGAUCGCCGUGGGUAA